CUAGUUUGAAGAGUACCUGUAGAAUCUCCAAUACUCCCAAGUCUCCAAAUGUGUAAUAUCUCAGAGUCUCUCUCUCUCUCAAGAGAAAGGAAGAUGAAAAGCGAGUGAUACAGAAUGAGGAGGCUGUAGUGGUGACAGAGACAGAGACACAGGGAGAAAGAGAAGUGCUUUUCUAGGUUACGAUGCUCAGAUUUCGUCUGCUAUGGCUUCUCGUUUUCUGCUCGGCUUUGUCUUCGUCUAAAGCUCGACGCGCACCAUUUGUUAUGCGCAUAAGCUGUGGAGCUCGCCAAAAUGUCCAUACACCACCUACCAAUACGCUUUGGUAUAAGGAUUUUGCAUAUACGGGAGGGGUACCUACAAAUGCAACGGUUAAAAGCUCUGUCUCUCCUCCUCUUAAAACACUUCGCUACUUCCCUCUAUCUGAAGGUCCCGAAAAUUGUUACAACAUUAAUAGAGUGCCAAAAGGACACUAUUCUGUCAGGAUAUUCUUUGGAUUGGUUGCGCAGGCUAAUUUUGACUACGAACCUCUAUUUGAUGUUUCUGUUGAAGGCACUCAGAUAUAUUCUUUGCAAUCAGGUUGGAGUAACCAGGAUGACCAAGCAUUUGCUGAAGCCCUCGUGUUUCUUACUGAUAACACGGUCUCUCUCUGCUUUCAUAGUACUGGUCAUGGAGAUCCAGCAAUUCUUGCAAUUGAAAUUCUUCAAGUCGAUGAUAAAGCCUACUAUUCCAGUCAACAGUGGGGUCAAGGAACAAUCUUUAGAACAGCCACAAGACUGAGUUGUGGCACAGGGAAGUCAAAGUUUGAUGUUGAUUAUAGUGGUGAUCAUUGGGGUGGGGAUAGGUUUUGGAAAGCCAUACCAACUUUUGGUCAGAAUUCUGAUCGGCCUAGAUCUACUGAAAGUAGAAUUAAGCAGGCUUCAAUUUCACCAAACUUUUAUCCUGAAGCUCUUUAUCGGUCAGCUCUUGUUAGUACUGAUAAUCAGCCUGAUUUAACAUAUGCUAUUGAUGUGGAGCCCAAUGGAAACUACUCAAUUUGGUUACACUUUGCAGAGAUUGAUUCUUCAGUGACGAAAGUAGGGCAAAGGGUAUUCAAUAUCCUGAUAAAUGGUGAUGUUGUAUUUGAAGAUGUAGACAUUAUCAAAAUGAGUGGGGGUCGUUAUACCGCUCUUGUUCUUAACACAACUGUUGCUAUUAAUGGAAGGACUUUGACAAUAACCUUGCAUCCUAAAGAAGGUCAUGCCAUUGUCAAUGCUAUUGAGGUCUUUGAGGUUAUUAUAGCAGAGCCCAAAACCUUACCAGAUGAAGUUAGGGCUCUACGAGCAUUGAAGAAAACAUUGGGGCUUCCUCUUCGACUAGGAUGGAAUGGCGAUCCUUGUGUUCCCCAACAACACCCAUGGAGUGGGGCAGACUGCCAACUUGACAGUACUAGCGGGAAAUGGGUCAUCGAUGGACUUGGUCUUGACAACCAAGGUCUGAGGGGUUUCUUGCCUGGUGAUAUAUCCAGUCUGCGUCAUCUACAUAGCAUAAACUUGAGUGGAAACAGCAUUCGUGGUCUCAUUCCAUUCUCACUUGGAACAAUAGCUAGCUUAGAAAAAUUAGACCUGUCCUACAAUUUUUUUAACGGAUCAAUUCCUGAAAGCCUUGGACAGCUGACUUCUUUACAGAUACUGAACCUUAAUGGCAACUCUUUAUCUGGAAGAGUCCCAGAUGCACUGGAAGGAAGGCUUUUGCAUGGAGCAAGCUUCAAUUUUACAGAUAAUGCAGGUCUUUGUGGCAUACAUGGACUACCUACCUGUGGGCACCACCUUUCUGCAGGUGCAAAGGUUGGCAUUGCUUUAGGUGCAUUGCUGUCAUUACUUCUAACUGGUAUCUGUUUGCUGUGUUGGUGGAAAAGGCGGCAAAAUAUCCUCCGAGCACAACAGCUUACCGCUCGAGAUGCUCCCUACGCUAAGGCAAGGACUCAUGUAACACAUGAUAUUCAGAUGACAAGGCAUAACAAUCAAGGCCAUGCUCGGACUGCUGCUGAAACUGGGCCCAUUUUGCUAUCAUGAUGAGAUAACAUUCACUUUGGGUGGGUUCUAAUCCAGUCAAGAUGCGCUCCCUGGACCCUUAACUUUGCUUCUAAAAUGUCACUGACCGGUUAGUCGAUUCAGCCUUGCAGAUCUUGCUCGAUUCAUGACACUACCUUAUGCUACUUUGUCCUUUCAAACUCAUGAUCAAUGAAUCUUGAUAACUAAUAGAAUCACGUAGAUAGAGAAUCCAGAUAUCACCUUGGUGGCAACACCCUAAUAUGAAAAAUCUUGUAAAUCUCUCCCUCUAUUUUUGUUCCCAGCUGUGAAAGAAAAACUUUGUAACUAAUAGAGAAUAGACACUGAAAUUCACAAUGUUUACAAUAAUUUCCCUCCCAUUUUUAUGUUUGUGGUUUGAAAGUAACCGUCUGAUCUUAUUGAAAGUCUUUGAUGGUACUGAGCUA